AUGGACGGGGGGGCGGCUGGGAGGGUGCCCAGAGAGUGCUGGUCGCCCCGGGUGCAGCUGGCCGCUCCCAGGGCGGGAGUUUGUCGCCCCGGCGGUGUCCGUGCCCCAGGCCGCCCUCCCGGUGCGGCGGGCCCGGGCCCAGGCCGGCGGCGCGAGGCCUCCGCCCCGUUGCCGGGAGACGGCGUCUGGCCGCGCGGCGCCGGCGCGAGGGCAGUGACGCACUUCCGGCGGCCGCGCGGAGGCAGCAUGGCGGCGGGGGAGGCCAUGGCGGCGGAGGUGCCCGCGUCGGCCGCGGCCGUGAGGGCGGCGCCGCUCCUGGCGCUGGAGCCGCGGCUGCAGCGCCAGUUCCAGCAGAAGGUGCAGCGGGCCCGCACCAAGCGGACGGCCAAGGAGGAGCUGACGCCCGGCGUGGUGUUCGUGGGGCAUCUCCCGCGGGGCCUCUGCGAGCCGCAGCUCCGCGAGUACUUCGGGCAGUUCGGCACGGUGACGCGGCUGCGGCUCUCCCGGAGUAAGAAGACUGGAGCCAGCAAAGGCUAUGCAUUUAUGGAGUUUGAGUCUGAUGAUGUGGCCAAGAUUGUUGCAGACACAAUGAAUAACUACCUGUUCUCUGAGAGACUGCUGAAGUGUCAGUUUGUGCCCCCUGAGAAGGUCCACGAGAGCCUGUUCAAAGGCUGUGACAGGAUCUUUCGGCAGCCCUCCCAGCCGGCCGUGCGGCGCUACAACCGGGUGCGCUCCCUGCUGGAGAAGGCCAGGAUGACGCAGCGCCUGCUGCGGAAGGAGAGGCUCUUACGAAAGAAGCUGGCUGAGAAGGGGCUGGACUAUGACUUCCCAGGAUUUGCUGCACAGGCGCUUUCCAAAAAGAGAAAAAAAGUUAAAACAUCCAAGAAAUCGAAACUGAAUGUUUCUUUGAGCAGCCAGGAUCCUACUCCAGUGUGUACUCCAGCAGUGCUCGAGCGCCGGAAAGCUGCUCGGAUGGAUGAUGACACAGAGGAUGAUGAAGUAACUCUCAGGCUUCCCUCUGCCAGUGGUAAGAACGCUGUGCAGAGACCAAAGAAGCAGCCAAGGCAAAGGCCACGCCUGAAGAAACAGAAACAGACUUAAAUUUUUUAUGCCUGUCGCUAUAUUUUUCUCAACUUAAAAACUUUUGAGGUGGAGCUUCUACUGGGUCUGCUGCCCUGGCUUGGUUCAUCCUGCCUAGACUGUUUCAGGCUUUCUUAGGCAAGGACUGAUCACAAAUCCUGUCCCUCUGGUUUAGCCAUCAAGGGGCGUGUGAAGAUAUUGUUGACUUUGUGCUCACAAGUGCCCGUGCUGUGACACAGCUACAGUAGUCCAGAAUCUUCAGUUAAUUUUAUAACUCGUGUCUAGUGCUCACUGUUUGGAAAGAAAAUGUGAGGCUGUCCAUUCAGAGUUUGCUAAUGCAAGCAACUGUAUCUUAAAUUUAUAAUUAAUGACAGGUUAUUAAAAAAAUUACCAUUUUUCAAUUUUCUUGGCUCUUGGUAAUGGUUCUUCUGUUUAACUGAAUUUGUUUUGUGAAAGUUCUCACCUGUUUGCACCGAUGCA